AUGCUCCUCGCCGUCUUCCUUUUCAUCGCUGCCGCUCAAGCCGUGCGCAUCCACCCCCGCGGUGCAACCCAGUGGUGUCUCACGUCCUGGUCCCCCAACACCAACAUCACACUCGAACUGUGCGACCAGCCGGUCGGCGCGCAAGACUGGACUUAUGCGUCGGGCCGGUGGUCGGCGUCGUGGCUCAGUGGCGAGCAGGUGUGUAUGGCGCCUGACAACGACGUGAACACACCGCCUGCGCCUCACCCGCCCUCCAUUACCAACGGGGCCGUCAUCAUCGGUCGCGAGUGCGGGUCGCGCCCACGUGAGGCUUGGACGCGGUAUCGGCCCAACACGUACCAGUUCCACGGGAUCCGCAUGCUCACCGGCCACAUGUGCCUUGACCUGCCGCGAGGAGAGCUGCGGAGUGGCGCCACGAUUCAGGUGUGGAAGUGCUCCGACUUCUACAACCCGAACCAGAUAUGGGUCCAGGGAGACUAG